UCCGGAAGGUGCGGUUUAACCGAGAGCAGCGGUGGCAGCAGCUGCUGAGAUUCGCAGACAUGUGAAGUUGGAGACGUGUGAUGCACCUCAGGAGAGAGCCAGGGGCCAGCAGCCAUCUGCAGAAUGAUGAUAAUCAAACCCACAGGAGCUGAGAGCUCACCACAUGGAAGAGCAUCGAGUGAGAAGAGAAGAAGGCCCAGGCCAGAGCCUGGGGGGACCCUGUGCUUAGUGCAGGCGGAUGAAGACCCAGCAGAGAACUCCCAGGCAAUGAAAUACCACUGGAUCCUGAAACAACCUGAGAGAAAAAAUGCCGUGGCCUGAAGGAGGGCGUUUGGUCUCCAGAAGUCGCUGGGGUGAGGCAGUUGUGAGGAGUCUCCAAGGAUGUUUCUGGAUCAAAGUGGAUUAAACUCGUUUUCAUUUUCUUUCUUCUUUGGCUAACCAUAAACUAGAAAAGCUGACUAGGGCUGUCUCCGGGCGUCAGAAUUUAUCUUCCGUUGCUGAUGGACACAGCCAAGAGAGGCGUCUUAACACAUUUCUGCUCCUCUCAGAGCGUAGGGAGAAAGUGGUUGAGAUUGAAGGGGGAGAGCGCACUGAUGUUGGAGGCCCAAGGGCUUCAGAGAAAGCCCAGAACCCUGGCCAGAUAGCAGGAGAGCGGGCAGCUUUCCAAGUAACGGGGAGCUAUGAAGAUGGACAUGGUGGUUGUAUUGCACACCUUAUUUAGCAAGGAUUGAGCACCUGCUGUACCCAUUGCACUGUGGGAGCCACUGAGGGAGGGAGACAUAGGAUAAAUGAAAACCAGUCCUGGCCUUCAGGAGUGGAGGAGGAAGGUCUUGACUGGAUGAACCCAGUGAAGAGGGGAGAGCGUCGUAGGCUGGAGACUAAGUUGUUUCCCGAGGAAGAUGGAAGACUUGAGGGAGCGGACGGUGGAGGAACUGGAGAAGCUGCAGGAUGACCCCGAGGAGAUUGACCGUCUGGUCAUGGAGUCACCCGAGGUUCAGGACCUGCAGCUGGAGCGGGAGAUGGCGCUCGCCACCAACCGGAGCUUGGCCGAGCAAAACCUCGUGUUCCAGGCACCCCUGGAGAUCAGCCGCUCCAACCUCCUGGACAAGUAUCAGGAGCUCCAGAAGCUGGUGGAGAAGUGCCAGGAACAGAAGGCCAAGCUGGAGAAAUUCUCUGCAAUGUUGCAGCCAGGAACCUUACUGGACCUUCUGCAGGUCGAGGGCGUGAAAAUCGAAGAGGAGUCGGAGGCCAUGGCUGAGAAGUUCCUGGAGGGGGAGGUGCCCUUGGAUACAUUCCUUGAGAGCUUUGCCUCCAUGAGGAUGUUGUCCCAUUUGCGCCGAGUUCGAGUGGAAAAGCUGCAGGAGUUGGUGCGGAAAUCCAGGGCUUCCAAAGAGCCAGCCAGGCCCAAACUCUCACCUCAGCCGGCUGUUGAAAAGACCACUGCUGUGGCAGAGGCCCCGCCUGCCAUCCCUGCUCCGCCUGCCCCCCCUUCAACAGGCCCUGCUUAUCCACUCCCCUACAGCCCGUCUCCUAACUUACCCGUUGGCCCCACAGCCCAAGGAGCUCUACAGCCGUCCCCUUUCCCUGUCACCUCCCAACCCUCUUUCCCUUACCGUGUGCCUUCUGGCCCUGGCUAUCCAGCAGCCCAGCCUGGAGGGGCGACCACAGGGCGCCCCUGGUACCCACACUCAUCUUCUGGACCAGGAUAUCCUCUGUCUCAGUCUGGGGGCUCAUCUUCUGGACCAGUGUAUCCCAUGGCCCGAGGCCCAGCUCCUAAUCCAGGCUACCCUCAGCAGUCUUAUUUCCCGGCAGGAGGAAGUCCUCCCUACCCAACUCAGGCACCCCCCUACCCCACCCAGGCCCAGAUGCCUAAUUUUCCAAGGCAGCCCAGACCCUCAGGUCCUCAUCAACCCCCCUACCCCACAGGCCCUGCUCUUCCCUAUGGGUUUUCCACACCCCAGGGACCCGUCUGGCCUGGGUAUUAGACACGAUCCUCACACGUUGCCUCCCCUCACUUCCACCUGUGCCACAGACGUUGGUCCUGCCAUGCUGCUCCUAAAAUUUGGUUCAAAGAGCUGUGGGCCCUGCCCGUGGACUUGGGAAGGAGGCUUGACCCAUGCGGGUGUGCGAUAAACCAGGGAUGGUGUGGCUCUGAUGGCAUGCAGGAUGUUUUCAGAACCACGGCCCGGCUUCCACGUCAAGGUCUGUAGUCAGCAGUGACCCACGGCACAAAGGCUCACUGCACCGAUGGCCUUGUGGUCUAUCAGCCAGUCAAGUGCUAGCCAGAUAAGGGGGGCAGAUGUGGAAGCUGUUUAUGUACACACAGACACUGAAAUUCAACACAAAGAGUGUCCUCUGCUCCCCCACCCCCAGCUGUGCUUCUCUGUUAACACCCUCCGUGGGGACUGGCAUGUUUACACUGGCCAAGAGACGAGAAGUUGCAGCCUUCAGAUGAGCUAUCCAUCAGAGCCGGCCAUCUCUUCUCUAAGAGAGCAUGUCCUGGGCUUCCCCACGGGCUUCGGUUGUAUGCAGGGCACUUAGUAAUAUUUUCCCAAAUCUUUUACUUAGAUAACAUAUGCUAAAACACUAAUAGGCCAGAGCCAGAUAAGCUUGCAUCACUGGAUGGCCAGAGGCUGUGCAGAAGGCCGAGUGUCUGGGCAGUGGGGCCCACACCCCUCAAAACCUAGAACUAGGGAGAAGGUGGGGCGGGUGCUUGGCCCUCUGGCGGAGGCUGGGGUGGGAGACGAGCAGCUGCAGCAGAGUCAGGGGCUCGCACGGAGGACGUCCUGGGAGCGGGCAGCCACCCUCCUUCCUCCCAGGGCACCUCUGUGGCCAGCAAGUUCCUUCUGAGCCCCGACUCUGUCCUUCAGUGCCUUUGAUUUUGGCAGCCUCUUUCCCCUUCGUGCUCUUUCCUUCUCCCUGUUUCUCUUAGCAAAGCUAUUCUCUUGGAGAGAAGUCCUGAAAGUCACCCCCAAAUGGUGCUUUCCAACACUAAUAUGUCUUGUUUAUCUCUCCCUGCAUCUUCCAGUUGUCCUUAGGACAUAAGCUCAAGGACAGGGCUCUCCCUAGUUUGUGGUAUUGGCAGCAUCCGUUAGAUUGUGGGUGCCUGAUACCUGUUAAGUAAUAAAGGGGGCAAGAACAGACCCAGAAGGGUUGGGUGGGUGGAACAUUAAUUUGGUUCUUUCUGAAAUUGGUUUAGUCAUUCAGUCAGCCCCUGGAGCUGCUGUGGAUCUGGAAGCUAAACGUACCUUGGACUGUCCGAGUCUGAACUGCUAAACGUUUGACAGAACGUGAAUGAUGAGGGAGCUCUGUCUGUCCAGUUUGAUUUCUGGUGCCCCAAAUGAAGGGUUGGGAAUGCCAGAUUAAGUUUUCUCAAUAUAUUGCCAAAUUCUGCUUGCUUUCCCAUAAAUUAUUUAUAAAGAGAAAUUACUAAUGGGCUCUGUUGUGUUGAAUGCUUCUGAAUUAGCCCUUAGGAUGUCCGUCAUCUAUGAUGAAUCACUAUAAUAAAACCAGAUGCAGUCCAUGCAG